AUGGUCAAAAUUGCUAUUGCAGGCGGCUCUGGGCCGGUUGCCAGAGAGAUAAUAGAUGCCCUUGUUGCUACGGGUAAACACGAUAUUACCAUUCUGAGUAGACGAGAAGCGUCGAACAACGAUGUAAUUCCCGGAACUGCCUGGCGUAAAGUGGACUACAGCAACCAUAGUGCCUUGGUGGAAGCUCUCAAGGGAACACACACUUUGCUAUCUUUUGUUCAGCUCAUGCGCGAAUCAGGACAGGAUUCACAGAAACAAUUGAUUGAUGCGGCUGUUGCGGCUGGAGUCAAGCGUUUUGCACCUAGUGAAUAUGGGAGCUCGGGAACUGCUCACAUGUCUUGGUAUGCUGGGAAAGAAGUGGCAAGAGAGUACUUGAGAAAGCUCAAUGCGAAUGGAAAGGUCCUCGAAUAUACGUUGUUCCAACCCGGCCUUUUCUUAGACUACCUCGCAUCUCCAUUUCAAACAUCAAAGUACAUAACUCCUUUGGACACCAUCUUCAAUUAUGAAAGCUGCCAGGCUAUUGUCAUUGACGGAUAUGAGGACAUCACGAUUACAUUGACGUCGGCGGCUGAUACUGCCGCAAUUAUUGCCAAAGCUAUCGACUACGACGGAGAGUGGCCGGAGAUUAGUGGAAUUCAGGGUAACCGAGCCACUCUCUCCGAAAUUAUUAAAUUGGGCGAGAAAAUCAGAGGUCGCCCUUUUACUGUUGAAAAGGUUAAGCUGGAAGCACUCAAGUCUGGAAAUGUCAAUUUGGCAUGGCGCUUUGAGAAGCGACACUCCGCUAUCAGUGAAGAAGAAGCGCAGUACAUGUCGAAACAGGUGGUUAUUGGCAUUUUGCUUAGCAGUUUCGAGGGCGGCUGGGAUGUAUCUGGUGAACUUAACCAAAUGUUUCCCGACUAUAAGUUUACAACCAUGGAAGAUUUUCUCUCCAAGGUCUGGAGCGGGAAGUCAUAA